GCGUUGAGAAAAUGUUAAAAGGUUAAUUUUGUCAAAUCAAGACUUCUGUAACUCUUCUAGUAUCAUUCUGUGAAUCGGACUCGUGGAGGCUGUCGUUUUGGUUACUUUUACGACGUGCUGCACACCAAGUGUUCGACGGAAUGAUUUUUUUUUUGUGAUAUGUGUAAGUCAUAGAAAGUUUAUUGUUUUCUGAAAGGCAUGAUCCAGGGUUACAAUUAUUAUUUAGUUUCUUAAAGUUUAUUGUUGUUAGGUAUCUGGGUUUGUUCUUGCACGUAAGGAUAACGUAUGUUUCAAUUUUGAAUAUCACUUGGAUCGAUUUGUUUGCUUUCUCUUAUACAAUUAUUUUAUCACAUUCCUUUCAUGAUAACAGCUAGACUUAGUUGACAAAAGCAAUAAACAAAGGAAAUUGUGCGGCUUUUUAAGGUUGAUUGUUAAUUAGUUGUGUCUGAGGUUUGAGCUGGCUAUCUUAUUUUUCUAAUCCUAGGUUUGUCAUUGACUCGUAAUGGUGUUUUUGAAUUUUGGUGUUACUCGAUUUCUCAAAAAGAACAGAUCUUUUUGACCUUUCUUCUCAUCGUGCAUUGACAUGUUCUUGAGUUUUUUACAUAUGAACCAUCUGUGUUCGUGACUAAUCUCAUCACUUGUUCCAUGACUUAAUUUUGGUCGUGCAUAAACUAGUAGUUCUGUGGAGAAUAUAUGUGUCAAUGGUCCACUUUUCAUGUGAUCCCUUCUUUGUUAAGUCUAUAAACUUUGACUCUGCUUAUUCAACCAUUGGCUCGAGGGGAGAAAAAAUGAUAUUCUCUUUGAUAUGCGUAAGUUACCAUUGUGAUUAUUUUAAGCUAUUCUUAAAUGUUAGGAUGAGCAUCAAACAUGUCUUCCUCAUUUUUUAUAUAAUCUGUCAUAUCAUAUGCCUAAGCAAUCAGACAGAGUUAUGAUUUUUUUACUCUUAAGGUCAACUAUUUGGUAACUUAAUGGUUGUUUAUCAAAAAAAACAAUUCCUGUGAUAGCUGGGAUCACGCUCUAGAUGAAUUCGUUCUUAUAAUCAUGGUUUAGUCAUUGACUUGGUUUUAAGUAUACAUAUCAGUAGAACCAUCUUUGUCUCUCGUGCUAAUAGAUGCUUCUGGUUGUAGAUGGCUAACUCAAUCCUGUUCUUUUUCUUUGUUUUGGUUCUCCCUUUUGUCUGUUCAGUUCAGUUUAACAUAUCUCGUUUUGGGUCAGAGGUUUCUGAAAUAGUGUACCAAGGAGAUGCAAGAGCAAACGGGGCUGUUGAGCUUACCAACAUAGACUACACAUGCCGUGCCGGAUGGGCUACUUAUGCUCCAGCAAGAGUCCAAUUGCCUCCCAACUCAGCUGCUGGUUUCUUGGGUCUAUUCAAUGGAACCAAUGAUAAGUCUUCUUCUUUCCCACUCGUUCAUGUCGAAUUCGACACAUUUACUAAUCCAGAAUGGGAUCCUCUUGACAUGAAAUCUCAUGUGGGAAUCAACAACAACUCUCUUGUUUCCUCUAACUCUACUUCUUGGAAUGCAACCUCACACAACCAAGAUAUAGGCCGUGUGCUGAUCUUCUAUGAUUCUACUAGAAGAAACUUGAGUGUCUCUUGGACUUACGACCUAACAUCUGAUCCUAAGGAGAGUUCAAGCUUAUCUUACAUCAUUGAUCUUUCAAAGGUACUGCCAUCAGAAGUUACAGUUGGGUUUUCUGCGACCUCUGGAGGGGUCACCGAGGGAAAUAGACUUCUGUCAUGGGAGUUCAGUUCAAGCCUGGAGCUAAGAGAUAUAAAAAAAAGUCAGAAUGACAGGAAAGGGAUGAUAAUUGGUAUUUCAGUUUCAGGGUUUGUUUUGGUGACCUUUUUAAUUGGCUCGCUCAUCGUCUUCUUGAAACGGAAGCAGCGGAAGAAGAAAGCAGAGGAGACAGCAAACUUGACAUCGAUAAAUGACGAUCUCGAAAGAGGAGCAGGACCAAGAAGGUUUACUUAUAAAGAUCUUGCAUCAGCUGCUAACAACUUCUCAGAUGAUAGGAAGCUAGGGGAAGGAGGGUUUGGAGAGGUUUAUAAAGGGUACUUAAACGCCUUAGAUAUGAUGGUUGCGAUAAAGAAGUUUGCUGGCGGAUCUAAGCAGGGAAAAAGAGAGUUCAUAACCGAAGUAAAGAUAAUCAGCAGUUUGAGACAUCGAAACCUUGUGCAACUCAUUGGUUGGUGUCAUGAGAAAGAUGAGUUUCUAAUGAUAUACGAGUUCAUGCCAAAUGGUAGCCUUGAUGCCCAUCUAUUUGGUAAAAAGCCGCAUCUCGCUUGGCCUGUGAGGUGCAAGAUAACUCUUGGUAUAGCCUCUGCGCUGCUUUACCUUCAUGAGGAGUGGGAGCAAUGUGUUAUACACAGAGACAUCAAGGCUAGUAAUGUGAUGCUUGACUCCAAUUUCAAUGCCAAGCUUGGUGAUUUUGGGUUGGCUAGACUGAUGGACCAUGAGUUGGGUCCACAGACUACAGGGUUAGCAGGAACGUUUGGUUACAUGGCUCCUGAAUACAUAAGCACCGGAAGGGCGAGCAAAGAAUCUGAUGUUUAUAGCUUUGGAGUUGUUACAUUAGAGAUUGUUACAGGAAGAAAAUCUGUGGAUCCAAGACAAGGAAGAGUGGAGCCUGAAACAAGCCUUGUAGAGAAAGUGUGGGAUCUCUACGGAAAAGGAGAAGUUAUCACAAUAAUUGACGAGAAACUCAGGAAUGAUGGUUUCGAUGAGAAGCAAGCAGAAUGUCUCAUGAUUGUAGGGCUAUGGUGUGCUCAUCCAGAUAGAAACUCGAGGCCUUCGAUAAAACAAGCGAUCCAAGUCUUGAAUCUUGAAGCACCAUUGCCUCAUCUUCCGACCAAAAUGCCUGUAGCUACUUAUCAUGUCUCAUCAUCGAGUACUACUACAUCAGCAAGCUCUGGUGGAGCUACAGUAACGUUUUCAAGUGCUCAACAUGGUCGUUAAGCAGAUCCGUUGUUGCUGUGUAUAAAGCCUCUUCUUUACUCUCGUUUCUUCCGUGUGUGUGUGUGCUGUAUUAUUUGAUCUUUUUGCCUACCGUAUGUGUUGUACAGUACUGAAUGUAUCCUUGUGAUUCUGUAAUCUAUUGCUUGGGGAAAAUGAUACUAGAUCUCCUAUUUGCAUAUC